CCAUUUUCCUUCAUAGGAGCUUUUUUUCUGUGCAUAUAUGAGUACAUUGAGGAUCUAAUUGACUUCAUCUUUUUAUCUGUAUUAACUGCAUUUUAAAAUAUUUUGUAUGUUGGGAAGUGGCUGACUGAAAAUGGCAAAUGUAAAUUACACUGUACAUGGCUUUAUAAUCACUGGAUUUGAUCACCUGCAGAACCAAAAGCUCCUUGGAUUCCUCAUCUUAAUAACCUACAUGCUCAUAUUGCUUGGGAACGGAAUCAAUUUGUGUAUUAUCUUGACUGACAGACAUUUACACAAACCAAUGUACAUAUUAAUCUGUAAUCUAGCUGUUGUUGACAUAAUGUUCUCCUCUAGCUGCAGCACAACCAUGAUCUCAGUGCUGCUGGCUGAGAUUAAAACUAUUUCAUACUACUCUUGCAUCUCAAGUAUGUACUUCUAUCAUCUUGGUGAUAUCACAAUAUGCAUGGCUCUAACAUUAAUGGCAAUAGAUCGACUUAUUGCAAUAAUGCUUCCAUUAAGAUACCACAACAUUGUAACUAAUUCACGAACAUGUCUUCUUAUUUUUCUGACUUGGCUCAUUGGUUUCGCUGUUAUAGGUUUUAUGUCAUCAGUGGUAGACAGUGUUCCAUACUGUCGUCAGCCUGUCAUCAGAUAUGUGUUCUGUGAUCAUCCUUCCCUGAUCAGAGCAGCUUGUGUUGAUCCUGAACCAUAUUUUUUCAUACCUGUAAUGAUAAGUCUGUGGCUACUGUGUGGACAGUUUCCUUUUAUUCUGUGUACAUAUGCUGUCCUGGCAUAUAGUGUGACUAAACUGUCCAACAACUCAAGCAAAAAACAAAUGAUCAGCACUUGCUCCAGUCACCUCAUUGUCUUGUUUAGUUAUUACGCACCAAAGCUGGUCUCUAUUUUACUAACUCGUAUAGGAGUUGUGCUAAAUUUAACAGAGCGAAAUGCAAUUUUGAUUGUAGCCUCUCUAAUCCCUCCAUUAAUAAAUCCCACUGUUUAUUGUACCAGAACUAAAGAGAUCAGGAAACGAUUAGCAGAUGUAUUUUUGCACAAGAAAAUAGUACCACAUCAUUUAAAGUUAAUUUCAAUAGCUUUAUUAUCUUAA